UUCAGUUGCUAUAUGAAAUUCCUGACAUGACGGCUGUCCAGCACGGGCUCUUAUCGUAGUUCAUGAUUGAAUGAAUGAAUACUCGCGGUUGAAUGUUUAAAGAUCAGAUAAUCAUCGCGACUACGAAAUUGUAUUAGUUCGAAGUGAAAUUGCAGUAUUUUAAUUUGUGGUAUUAAUUUUGUGAUUCCCCGAAAAGACCCAUCCACCCGAGGGUAUUCGCACAGUCGCUCCCUUUCUGUGGUUCUCUAGGAAUCACCAUGAAUCUGCAAAAUGUUAUGGUAGCAUUUUUGAAUGAAUUCUGCGCGAAAUUCAAAUGGCCGUUGGUCACGUACGAAGUGCUUCCGAAGCGCAAUGGCUUUUUUUGUAUGCUGAAGUUCAAAGAUGUGUCUGCCACUGGCGAGGGCGCCUCGAAGAAUAUGGCCAAACAGGUGGCGGCUCUGUGCAUGUGGAAGAAGAUACUCAAGAUACCGGUGAUCAGUGCCAUCCUGAACCAGUCCGAUGCCUCCCCGAUGAUGGCCACCAGCGCCCUUGCCUUGUUCGGGGAGGACCAUUUGCUGAGCCUUAAGCAGCGCAAGAAGCUGCGCGACCUUCUGGUCCUCGUGGCGACCAACAUCGAAGGCGAGCCACUUCCCAUCGCAGAGCCCAUCGUAGAGUCCAUCCCCUUCCCGAAGAAGACUCCAGCGAGCCUUGGAAUCUACGAACUGCCGUAUCCGGAUGUCGAUCCGUUUGUGAAGAAUCAGGAGACUUUGAAGUGUACGGCUGAGGCAAAGGUACCUCCUCUUAUGCACGUCAAACCGAAGCCUUCCACCAUCCCAAAGAGCUUGGGAAACAACUGGAGUCCGUAUCGGUAUGAGGGGGCUCCUAAGAAGACAGUCAGCGAAAAUUAUCUCAAGCUGGAGCCUCGUUAUGGGCGAAAUAUACCCGACCCCGGCCCCACCUCAUAUGGCGUGCGCACCCACCUCUUGCAAGAUGAUUAUUUUUUUAAAUUUCCCAAAGAUCUCAAAGAGGCUGCUUUUAAGGUCAUCAACACCAAGGACUUUGAGACCAAGAAGGAACAGGCCGAGGACCUGCUGGCCGCCUUGCAGCUGAACUACACCAUGGCCCCGGUGCCGUACAAGAACACCAAAGAUCCGCUCGUCUCAGUGAAGCUCCACUGUGAUUAUAAUGGGCUGUUUAUAGACCAAAAGAGCAACAUAUAUAACUAUAUCAUCGAGUACAUCGACGAUAUGCUUAGCUAAAUGCCGUUGCCAAGCAAAAGACCCCUAAGAAGGAUGUGUUUUUUUUCCUGUAGCAUGUAGAAGGAUCUCAGGGAUACAAAUGUCUAAUAAAUCUUAAGGCCAUUCUCCGGCUAUAAUAGUGAUUUUCCAAUCUGUUAUACAUAUAUGUAUGCACGAUUAUUUCCUUGUGAUAUGAGACUGAGAAACAGAUGGAAAUUAGCUCAAUAAUACAUACGUAUAGUGUGUACUCUUCAGUAUACACAAAUGGCACAUUCCCCUCUUUGAUUGUAGGGUACAAGAAGUCAAUUAUGCAAUGCUUUCGAUGCUGGCUUUUCGGUUGAGGAGAUGCGAUGCGAUGCGAUGCGACUCGAUUCGAUGGCAAAAUAAUAUUUAAAUGAAAACCAAAAGGCAAAAUCAAUGUCACAAUCAAAAGUUGCAUAAAUAAAGCUCUCUCUCUCUCUC